AGAUCCGAAGGAAAUAAACCAAACCCGCCGAGCUUAGGGCGACACCCUCGCUAUUAUAAACGGAUCUUUCUCAGGCGAUAAGAUAUCCAAGGGGCAUUUUCGUAAAAAGGAGUGCAUGUGUUCCGCAGCGAAGCCCUAGCCUUUGUGUGGCUUCGGGCUAUAAGUAGCGAGGAGCUCCUCAACCCUGCGCCACACUUCUGCCUUCACCCUUGUUGCCGCAGCUAGGGUUUUAGGGAUUCUCAUCGCUUGCGCAAUUCUCCUCGAGAAGGUCCUUACUUAGAAGUUCAUUAUGGGUAAGGAAAAGGUUCACAUCAACAUUGUGGUUAUUGGCCAUGUUGACUCUGGCAAGUCAACCACCACAGGGCACUUGAUCUACAAGCUUGGGGGUAUUGACAAGCGUGUCAUCGAGAGGUUUGAGAAGGAGGCUGCUGAGAUGAACAAGCGUUCUUUCAAGUAUGCCUGGGUGCUGGACAAGCUCAAGGCUGAGCGUGAACGUGGUAUCACAAUUGAUAUUGCCCUGUGGAAAUUUGAGACUACCAGAUACUACUGCACUGUCAUUGAUGCCCCUGGACACCGUGACUUUAUCAAGAACAUGAUCACUGGUACCUCACAGGCGGACUGUGCUGUCCUCAUUAUUGACUCGACAACUGGUGGUUUUGAAGCUGGUAUUUCGAAGGAUGGUCAGACCCGUGAGCAUGCUCUUCUUGCUUUCACCCUUGGUGUGAAGCAGAUGAUUUGCUGUUGCAACAAGAUGGAUGCUACAACCCCAAAGUACUCUAAAGCUAGGUAUGAUGAAAUUGUAAAGGAAGUUUCUUCCUAUCUGAAGAAGGUUGGAUACAACCCUGACAAGAUUCCCUUUGUACCUAUCUCUGGGUUUGAGGGCGACAACAUGAUUGAGAGGUCUACAAACCUUGACUGGUACAAGGGUCCAACUCUCCUUGAGGCCCUUGACUUGAUUAAUGAGCCCAAGAGACCCACGGACAAGCCCCUUCGUCUCCCUCUUCAGGAUGUUUACAAGAUUGGUGGCAUUGGAACUGUUCCUGUUGGACGAGUUGAGACUGGUGUCCUCAAGCCUGGUAUGGUUGUGACUUUUGGCCCCUCUGGAUUGACAACUGAAGUCAAGUCAGUGGAGAUGCACCAUGAAGCUCUCCAGGAAGCACUCCCAGGUGAUAACGUUGGGUUCAACGUGAAGAAUGUGGCUGUCAAGGAUCUCAAGCGAGGGUAUGUUGCUUCUAACUCCAAAGAUGACCCUGCCAAGGGGGCUGCUAGCUUCACCUCUCAGGUCAUCAUCAUGAACCACCCUGGACAGAUUGGAAAUGGCUAUGCCCCAGUUCUUGACUGCCACACUUCACACAUUGCUGUCAAGUUUGCUGAGCUCUUGACUAAGAUUGACAGACGAUCUGGCAAGGAGCUCGAGAAGGAGCCAAAGUUUUUGAAGAAUGGUGAUGCAGGUUUUGUGAAGAUGAUUCCCACCAAGCCCAUGGUGGUGGAGACUUUCUCUGAGUACCCGCCUCUUGGUCGAUUUGCAGUGAGGGACAUGCGCCAGACGGUGGCAGUUGGAGUCAUCAAGAGUGUUGAUAAGAAGGAUCCAAGUGGUGCCAAGGUGACCAAGUCUGCAGCAAAGAAGGGCAAGUGAACCGUGCAGUUACAAGGCUGGGUUUCUCCUGGUGAAAUCCAACCUUAUAAUAAUUAUAUUUUUCCUGAAAACUCUUAUUUGCGUUUUUGUACUUUUAUAGUUAGGUGCUUGCUUUGCCUUGUAAGCUAUAGUUUUAUGCCAUUGCUGCUGUUGGGUAUCCCAUCCCAGAAUUGGGUACUGGACAGACGGUGGCAUAACUAUAGCAGAGUCUGAAUUUUAACCUUUCUUUAUAGAAAGGAGAUGAGACUUUGAGAGUCGAGGUGCUAUGGAUUUCCAAAGCAGCUCAAAAGUUCGAUUUUCUAUCUUGUUUUUUUUUUCUUUGUUUAUUGUGUUUGAUCGUCAUCUGGAUAUUUUCUAUUUUGAAUUUAAGUGCAUUUUUGUGUCUAA